AUGAAUAAGAAUAUUGAUAUAGAAGAGUUAAGAAAUUUAAUCCAAGAAAAUAGUAUGAAGAAAAGGUUCGUGAAGGAUAUAAAAAAUAAUUGCGAAAUAAAAAGUAUAAAAUUUGGAAUUAUGAGUAAAGAAGAAAUAAUAAAAUAUUCAGAAGUAAAAAUUUUAAAUAGAGAAAUGUAUAAAAACAAUAGUGGAAUUCCUUAUCCAUAUGGUGUUUUAGAUUUAAAAUUAGGUGCUCAUAAAAGUAAUACUAUUUGUGAAACGUGUAAUAAAAAGCUCAUAAACUGUUCAGGUCAUUUUGGAUAUAUAGAAUUAAAUUAUCCAGUUUUUCAUAUAGGUUAUUAUAAAUAUAUAAUACAUAUACUAUAUUGUAUUUGCAAAAAUUGCUCCAACUUACUAUUACCGAAGGAAAAAAUAGAAAUUUAUUCUAAUUUAAAAAAAAAAAAUUCGGAGGAUUCUUUUUAUAAGAAACAUUUAUUUAAAAGAAUAUUAAAUCACUGCAAAAAAGUGAACAAAUGUUAUAAAUGUGGAAGUGCACAAGGUGUAAUAAAAAAAAUAAUCAAACCAAGCUUGGAUCAAUUUAUGAAAUUAAAACAUAUUUUAAAAGUAAAAGAAAAUGGAAAAAUGGUUAUAAAAGAAGAAGAUUUAAAUAGUUUAUAUGUGUUAAAACUAUUUAAAAAUAUUAACCCUUUUCAUGUAAAAUUAUUAAAUAUAGAAAAUCCCGAAAAAUUAAUCAUAACAGCUCUCUUAGUGCCACCAAAUACAAUUCGUCCAUCAGUAAUAAUUGACGAACAUGGAACAGCAGAAGAUGACCUAACAUGUAUAUUGUCAGAAAUUGCUCAAUUAAAUAAUACAAUAAAUAGUCAAUGUACAAAUGGAUAUCAAACAAAUCAAUUCUUAGGUAAUGUAGAAUUUUUACAAUUACAAAUUACAAGGUUUAUUAAUAGUGACUCUCCUGCAGUUUCUCAACUAUUAGCUACACAAAAUAUUUCCAAGCCAGGUAGAGGAAUAUGCCAAAGAUUAAAAGGAAAAGAAGGAAGAUUUCGAUGUAAUUUGUCAGGUAAAAGGGUAGAUUUUUCAAGUAGAACUGUCAUAUCUCCUGACCCAAAUAUAUCCAUUGAUGAAGUGGUAAUUCCCAAAAUUAUUGCUAUGAGAUUAACUUAUCCAGAAACUGUUAAUAAAUAUAAUAUUGAUAGAUUAAAAAUGUUAAUAAGAAAUGGGUCUAAUAAAUGGCCCGGUGCCAAUUACAUUAUAAAAAAAAAUAUUGAUACUAAUUAUCAAUCGAAUAAUGGUAUUUUUGAUGUUAUCAAAAAUUAUAUCAACAAAAAAAAUAACAAAGAUAUUAACGAAGAAUGUAAAAAUAAUCAUCUAAAUAAAAUAAGUUUAAAAUAUGCAAAUAAAAAAUUUGUAAUAGAAAAUUUAAAAAUAGGUGAUAUAGUUGAAAGACAUAUUUGUGAUGGUGAUAUUGUUUUAUUUAACAGACAACCAUCUCUUCAUCGUAUGUCUAUUAUGAGUCACAAAGCAAAAAUAAUGGAUUUCAAAACUUUUCGGUUUAAUGAGUGUGUGUGUUCUCCUUAUAAUGCAGAUUUCGAUGGGGAUGAAAUGAAUUUGCAUGUACCCCAAACAGAAGAGGCGAGAGCAGAAGCUUUGUAUUUAAUGAAUGUUAAACACAAUUUAAUAACACCAAAAAAUGGAGAAGUUAUAAUAGCAUUAACUCAAGAUUUCUUAUCUGCAUCUUAUAUUAUCACAAAUAAAGACACUUUUCUUGAUAGAGAUACCUUCUGUUUAUUAUGUUCAUACUUUUCAGAUGCUAAAAUAAAUAUUGAAUUACCUGUACCAGCAAUAUUAAAACCAAAAGAAUUAUGGACAGGUAAGCAGUUAAUUAGCGUUUUAAUUAAACCAAAUAGAAAGGAAAAUACCAUUAUAAAUUUUGAAAUAAAAGAAAGAGAAUAUUCAACGAAAAAUGGAGAUUUAAAAUAUCUAUGUUUAAAUGAUUCUUAUGUUUGUUUUUAUAAAUCAGAAUUAAUAUGUGGAUCUCUUGGAAAAAAAGUGUUAGGAUCUUCUAAAUAUGGUUUAUUUUAUUACUUAAUUCAUCAUAAUUCGUCUUAUGUAGCUCUAAAAAUUAUGAAUAGAUUUUCAAAAUUAACAAGUAGAUAUUUCUCUAAUAAAGGAAUGACAAUUGGAAUAGAUGAUGUAACUCCUUCUUCUACUCUGACUGAAAAAAAAAAAGAUUUAUUAUUAAAAGGGUAUGAAAAAGUGAAUAAAGAAAUUAUAUCUUAUAACGAAAAGAAAAUGCAAAUACAACCAGGUUGUACCUUAGAGGAAACAUUAGAAAUAAAAGUAAAAAAUAUAUUAGAUGAUUUAAGAAAUGAUGCAGGUAAAACAUGUAAUCAAUAUUUGCACUAUUUAAAUAAACCAUUAAUUAUGUUCAAUUCAGGAGCAAAAGGUGCUUUAAUAAAUAUUGCCCAAAUGAUUGCUUGUGUUGGUCAGCAAAAUGUAGCAGGACAAAGAAUUCAAAAUGGAUUUAUUAAUAGAACCUUACCUCACUUUCACUUUCAUUGUAAAGAUUCAGAAAGUAGAGGGUUUGUUCAAAAUUCCUUUUAUACUGGUUUAAACCCAACUGAAUUUUUUUUUCACACUAUGUCAGGAAGAGAAGGAUUAGUAGAUACAGCGGUAAAAACAGCUGAAACUGGUUAUAUGCAAAGAAGAUUAAUGAAAGCUCUAGAAGAUUUAUCAAUACAUUAUGAUUACACUGUUCGGUCAUGUGACAAACAAAUAAUUCAAUUUAUUUAUGGAGAUGACGCAUUAAAUCCUUCUUUUAUUGAUAACAAUAAUACGUAUUCUGAUCAAUUUGAUAAAAUUUUUGAUCAUAUUAUCUCUAUCUCUUCAAGUCACGCUUUGUUAUCUUUUAGAAAUAAUACUAAAAAUACAACACAGCAAAUAUUAGAUGAGCACAAUAAAAAUAAUAUACAAAAAAAUGACUUUCAAGAUAUUAAUACAUUUAAUUAUUCAUAUAAGAAUAAUGAACAAUAUCAAGAUAAUAACAAUAACAAUAACAAUAACAUUGUUUGUGUUGAAUCAAUUAUAUCUGAAAUUAUUAAAAAAAUUUCAUCAAAAAUGAAUGUAGGAAAUUUAUUUAUACCAUUAGAGCAUGACAAAUGUUUUAUUAAAAAAAUAAUAGACAAGGAUGAAAUCAUAGAAGAAUAUAUUGAAUAUAUGAAAGAAAAAGAGUGUUAUAUGAAUGAUUAUAAAAAUAAUUUUUUUGUUAACCAUAAUUGUAUCGAUUCAAAUAAUAGUGAUGUAUUUGAAGAGCAACAAGUAGAAAAUAAAAUGAAAAAUCAAAAUAUAAAAAAUGAAAAACACAUAACAAAGAAAAAAAGAGGAAAAAAAAAGAACGAAAUAGAAAAAUUAAUUGAUAAAAGCACUGAUAAAAAAAAAAACAAUCUGUUAAAAAAUGAAAGUAUAUCAGAAAUAGAAGAAUAUAUAAAUGAUUUUGAAACACAUAAAAAUAAAAAAUUAGAUCAAAAAAAUAUAAUAAAAGAAAAUAUAAAUGAAACGAAAGAAAUGAAAAAAAAUGAAAACCUUAUACAUUUUUACUUACAUAAAAAACAAAUAAAUUGUUCUAAAAAUAAUAGUAUUUUACCACCAUAUGACUGUGAAUCAAUUCAACAUUUUGUGAAUGAAUAUAGAAAUAUUGUAGUAAUUAAGAAUCUACUAGAUAAAAAAAAAAUUGUUUUGAAUGAAACGGAAAAAAAGAUUAUAUGCGAUAAAUACAAUAAAAUGAGUAAAAAUAUUAGGAAAAAAAUAGAAAUUGUUAAUAAUAUAUAUAGACACGAAAAGGAGAAAAUCAAAAAACUAAAAGAAAGAUUUAAUGAUGACUAUUAUUCUUUUUCAGAUGACUCAAUAAUCUUUAAACAAAUUAAAAAAAUUAAAAGUAAAGAAAGGAAAAACCAUGAAAACGAUGACAACAAUAAUAUAAUAACUUGUGAUAAUAAAAGAAAUAUGAUUAAUAGUAGUGAUAAUAAUUUUAUAGUUAAUGAUGGUAUAAAUUGUAGCAAAAAUGCAUUAAAUAAUGAAAAUGAUCAAAUAAUAAAAAAAAUUAAUUUUUCAAAAGAAAAAAAUUCCAAUUUACAUUUUAAUGAUAUAAAGAAAUCUAAAGACAAAAAGUUGUAUAAAGAAAUUGUAAAUGAAAUAAAUGAAAAUGAUUUUUUAUAUGAAAAUAAAUAUUACAAACAAAUGAUUAAAAAUAUUAUAGCAUUUGUUAGUGUUUUUGAAUAUAUAGAAAGUUCUAAACAGCAUUAUAUAUUAUUCCCAUAUGAAAUUAUAAAAUGGUCUAAUUUUUUAUUAAAUUACUUGACAGAAAUUAUUCCUACUAAUAUUUAUAUUCACACAAAAUUAUCUAAAAAGGAAAAACCAACACAUCAAAAAAAUACGCAAAAUAUGAAAAUAUAUAUCGAAGAAAUAAAAAAAUGGUUAUUUAUUAAAGCUAUAAAUAUAUAUAAAUAUUUUAAUUAUAAAAAAGGCCUUCAACUAAUAAAAAAAAACGACUACUUCCAUUUCAUAACACAUGAAUAUGAUAUAAAUUACAGAUAUAUUAUUUACGAUUAUUCUUUUAUAAAUUUAAAACAAUUAUAUCUUUUUAUUUUUUUUAAUAUAUAUAAAUAUUUUAAAUAUAUUUCUGUUCCUGGUGAUGCUGUUGGUUCCAUCUCUGCUCAGUCUAUUGGAGAACCUGGAACACAAAUGACUUUGAAAACUUUUCAUUUUGCUGGUGUUGCUAGUAUGAAUGUAACAUUAGGUGUUCCUCGUAUAAAAGAAAUAAUUAAUGCAUCGAGUUGUAUUCAAACGCCAAUAUUAAAUAUUCCUUUAGAAGUUAAUGAUAAUUAUAAUUUUGCUUUAAUGAUGAAAUCAAAAUUAGAAAAAACAACAAUAAGAGAUAUUUGUGUUUAUAUAAAAGAAGAUUAUUCUAAUAAAGGUAUUUUUUUAUCAAUUAAAUUUAAUGAAAAAUUAAUUCAAAAACUUUUUUUGAAUAUUAAUGCUUAUAACAUCAGAGAUAUUAUAUUAAAACAGAGUCAUAUUAAUAAAAUAAAAAUUAACAAAAUAUUUAUUGAAGUUAUAAAUAAAUACAAACUACAUAUUUCCCUGAAAAAUGAUGAAUUUUUGUUUUUUCAAAUGGAAUCAUUAAAAAAAGGGUUACUUGAUUUAUUAAUAUAUGGAGAUAAAGACAUCAAAAGGUGUAUUAUAAAAAAAGAAGAAAUAGAAGUAACUGACAAUGAAGACGAGAAUGAAGAUAAAUAUAAAACUGUUCACAUGAAGGAAUAUAAAAUAAAUGAAGAAACUAAAAAAGACAAAAAUAAUGAAAUAAAUGAAAGUCUUACUCGUAUAAAAAAAGAAUCCACAAAAAAUGUAAAUGUUAAAAAAGAAAAAGACAUAUGUAUUUUAAAAGAACAGAAUAUAAAUGGAAUGAAAAAGGAAAAUGUUAUUAGAAAUAUAGCUAAUGGAGAAAAAUUAGAAAAUAUUAUAGAAAGUUUUAAUAAUAAAAUAAAUGAGCGUAAUGUAAAAAAAGAAAAUCAAAUAAUAAAUUUGGAUAACACAAAUAUGGACUCCCUUAAUUUUGAAGAGAUCGAUAUCAAUAAUAUUUAUAAUGAUAAAAUUGAGUUUUAUGAUGAAAACAUUAAUACAUAUUAUUUAAAUGGAAACAAAAAAGAAAACAAAAAAAAAAAAAAAAAAACCAUAUAUUCCAUUUUGGUUGAAGGAAAUUCUUUGAAUUAUGUUCUUGGCUUAGAAGGUGUUGAUUUUAAACAUAUUAUUUCUAACCAUGUAAUUAAUGUCUUUCAAGUUUUAGGCAUAGAAGCUGCGAGAGUAACAAUAAUAAAUGAAAUCAAGAAAUGUGUUGAAGCAUAUAGCAUUGAUAUCGAUAUUAGACAUAUAAUGCUUUUAGCAGAUAUAAUGGCUUUUACAGGUGAUAUUUUAGGUAUAAAUAGAUUUGGAAUACAAAAGGCUCGACAAAGUACAUUAAUGUUAGCUUCUUUUGAAGAAACAAAUGAACAUUUAUUUGUUUCAUCAUUUUUUAAAAAUAUUGAUGAAAUUAAUAAUAUAAGUGAAAGUAUAAUAGUAGGGAAAAAUAUACCGAUUGGUACAGGAUCAUUUCAACUCCUUUAUGAUUAUAAAUUCAAUAAACAGAGGAAAAACUUGACCUUACUUGAAAAAGCUGAAAGGAAAAUAAUAUAA